UAUUUUAUACAAUGAUGAGCUCAUCGCUCUCUUCGAUUGCGGCCAAAUCGAAUCCGAAGGAAGGGUUUGAGAGCUCCACGAUCUCGUCUUCUUCUUUGAUUUCUCGAUUGUUCUUGUUUCAAUGGGCCGGAAAUUCAUCGUCGGUGGCAAUUGGAAAUGCAAUGGCACUAAUGAGGAAGUGAAGAAAAUCGUUGCCACCCUGAAUCAGGGAGAAGUCCCCUCCGAGGAUGUUGUUGAGGUUGUAAUAAGCCCGCCAUUUGUUUUUCUUCCUCUGGUGAAGAGUUUGUUGCGCUCUGAUUUUCAUGUUGCUGCACAAAAUUGCUGGGUAAAGAAAGGAGGUGCUUUCACUGGAGAGAUUAGCGGUGAGAUGCUUGUUAAUCUGGGCAUCCCAUGGGUCAUUCUUGGUCAUUCUGAGCGAAGAGCAUUGUUGGGUGAAUCAAAUGAGUUUGUUGGGGAUAAAGUUGCCUAUGCUCUCAGUCAAGGUCUAAAGGUGAUUGCUUGUGUUGGUGAGACUCUAGAGCAGCGAGAGGCAGGUUCAACUAUGGAUGUAGUGGCUGCACAAACAAAAGCUAUCGCUGAUAAGAUCAACGAUUGGACCAAUGUAGUCAUUGCUUAUGAGCCUGUUUGGGCCAUUGGAACUGGGAAGGUUGCAACACCUGCUCAGGCCCAAGAGGUGCAUGCUGACUUAAGGAAGUGGUUCCAAGCAAAUGUGAGUGCUGAAGUUGCUGAAUCAAUCAGGAUAAUGUAUGGAGGUUCCGUUAGCGGUGCAAACUGCAAAGAACUAGCCGCAAAGCCUGAUGUAGAUGGAUUCCUCGUCGGUGGAGCUUCUUUGAAGCCGGAGUUCAUCGACAUCAUCAAGUCCGCGACCGUGAAAUCAUCUACCUAGAGUGCCACUCUUAAUGUUCAUUAUAUGAAUUUUCGGGGAAGAGACCUUGUUUUCGGUGAUCGAAAUAAUCUAAUUAAAAUUUUUGUUCUGUAAAUGUAAUCAGCCUGGAUCUUGUCUGCUCCCCAGCAACAAGGCUGCAAUACUGAAAUAAAACCUUGCACUACUAGUGUUCUAUUUUUGUCUCUAUGAAUAACUCAAACUCUUCCACUUUUGUGCAUUA